GCGGGAGUGUAUGUCCUGAUCAGAUAUAAAAUACUGUCGUACACUCUUUUUUACUGAUAACGAGGAAAGUAACGGGUUAGCAAGUAAUAAUUUCUUCAGCAAAAAUGGCAUCGCCGAAAGCAGUUGCAGUGGUGACCGGGUCUAACAAAGGAAUCGGGCUACAAAUAGUCAAGGGCCUGUGUCAGAGAUUUAAGGGCGACGUCUAUCUAACAGCACGAAAUGAGGACCUUGGUCAUGCUGCUGUCCAUAGCCUGAAGGCCGAAGGGCUUAACCCCAAGUUUCACCAGCUGGACAUAACUGACAUUGUCAGCAUUAACAGUCUCAGAGAUCACCUGCAAGAACAGUAUGGCGGGCUCGACGUUCUCGUCAACAACGCCGGGAUUGCAUUUAAGGAAAAUACGGAUACACCAUUCCCCGAGCAGGCUCGAAUGACAAGUGGGGUGAAUUUCUUCUCCCAGGUGGACGUGUGCGACGCCCUCUUCCCCCUCCUACGCCCUCACGCAAGGGUUGUUAACAUGUCCAGUACGGUUUCCCAGUGGUCAAUCUCCAAAUGUAACUCGGACAUACAGGUCAGGUUUACGGACGCCGCCAUCACGUUACCACAACUUAAAGCCCUGGUACAAGAAUUCAUCGAUGCAGCACAAACAAACGAGCAUGUAAAACAGGGAUGGCCUGACAUGGCGUACGGCGUUUCCAAAAUAGGAAUGACCGUUUUAACCUUCAUCCAGCACCGCGAACUUAGUCAGGACAGGCGAUCAGACAUUGUUAUUAAUAGUUGUUGCCCUGGAUAUGUCCAAACGGAUAUGACGUCAAACCAGGGCCCAAAGACACCAGAGCAAGGUGCAGACACGCCUCUUUUUUUGGCUCUCCUUCCUCCAACCACCACGACACCUAACGGCGAGUUUGUAUCCGACAGGAAAAUACAGAAGUGGGGAUAACCGUUGAUUGACUUCCGCUAUACAUAGGAAACUAUUUCUAUUGUUACGUACAGUAUUUAAUGAGAAAAUUGCUGACUACUUCUCCUAAUAUAAAUAUCCUUGCAUUUAUUAAGUUAAAUGACUUUUAGUAUAGAACAAAUGUUUCAUAACUAUUGUAAAAUAUAUAUGAAGUUUAACUUAAUACAAUCAGUCGAACUUUUUUAUUAUAAACAUACUAUUUACGUCUGUGUGUGUAUUUGUUAUCAUUGUGUAUAUUAUCUCAGCCACAAGAAAACAGUUUGUUUUGUUUUUUUUGCUUAAAUCAGACACCAUAUGUACCA